UUCCGUUCCGCGAAGCUGAAAUUUGGCGCCCCGGUGGUUUAAACAGACCAUAAACCAACAAAUGCGGCGGAAAGACGGUGAAGAGAACGUGACGACAAGCGUCCGAGCCGCCGGUACUUUAACGGAAAGUGCCGCUGGGUGAGGCCGGUGUGUCAGUGAACCUUCUCCGGGUGAUGGAGCCGAAGAGUCGCUCUAAGUGAAGGAAGCUGACCUCUGUACGGACAGAUGCAACUGACCCGCUCCGUUAAUAACUAACACACUCGCACACCUGCCUGUGGUUCGAUCAGAGUCAACAUGAACAGAACCAGACUGAAGAAAACCAAGGUGACCCUUGGAGGACAGAAGAACAUCUCAUCCUUCUUCUCCUCUGAACCCCAAAAGGGCGAGUCACUUUCAAGUAAGAUUUCCAUCACUGCAUUUGCCAAGACUGAACCUCAGAUCAAAAAUGAUGAGAGCGCUCGAGUCAGACUCCACUCCCCGGUAAAGAGGUGCAUCCUCGGGGACCUUGAAAACCUCCUGCCGUCCUCGCCAGAUUUUCUCCUCUCUGUACCAGAGACCCCGACAAGUCAGAUCAGGCUCGCCUCCUCCUCUCCCUCCAGAGAGGCAGGUCGACUGAGCCCCAGGCCCAGCAGAGAGGCCACAAGCCUGGGGAAUACUGGCCAGCUGUCCCCUAUCUGCCUCAGUCCGCACGCCAAAGGGCAGAAUACGCGGAGAACAAAGAGGGAAGAGGGAUGUUCUGUCUCCAUAAAAAGACUCUUCAGUCCCCCUGAAGAGUCGCACAACGCAAAGAGACCGAGAACCAUCAUCAGCCCCACUGGCAGCAACCUAACAAGAUCUGUGAUUGGCCAUGGGAGGAUGCCUCAUUUCUCCAGUGACCAGUUAAAGUCUCAGUCUGAGAGGUCAGAGGGUCACCGCCGUGGUGCUGGAGUGGUCUUCAAUGACAGCAGACACCCGACAGUGUCACUGAAGUCUGUGUCUUGCCACCGCAAACAUCAGGAAGAGAGAGAUGAAGCUGAGAAAGACUCUGGUUUCACUGUGAUAACAGAGCAGAAAGCAGCGGAGGCAAACACCACUGGAAACCCACACACUCGUCUGGACAAGGACGCUCACACACUUACUACUGCUGUACACAAACCCAGUGCACAAACCAUCACACCUGCACCACAGGCAGAGGCCAUGAGAACAGCCAUGACAUCACCGAGUGGAGACAAAGGGCCAUCGUCCAAUCAAGACCAAGCUGGAGGGAUGACAUCUGCGUGUCCUGUGGAAGAGAAGUUGGAUGAGAGCUGGUUUGCAGACUUUAUGGAUGAGAAUGAAGGUUUGGUCCCAGAGGUUAAAUCCAAGAAACCACGUAAGGUACCAGAUCACGUGAUCCUUUCUGGAGGUGCUAACAACCGCUACUGGGUGUUGGAUGUUGAGGAGAGGCCUGGUCACAAAACACUGACCAUCACAUGCUACAAAUCUCUGCAUCCAACUGAGACAUGUCUGCUGAAAGAUGGAUGGGAGAUGACGCCUGUUUGUUGCGGUGAUGUGGUGCACCUGGAGGGCCGCUCCGAUGGUGGCUCCUGGGUGGUGGACCGGGAGCAGGGCUUCCUGGUUCUACUGCCUGAUAGCCUGAUCUCAGGCACCAGCAUCUCCAGCUCCAUCCGCUGCAUGAGGCGAGCAGUACUGAGCGAUAUGUUCAAGAGUUUUGACGGUGGCUCAAAGCAGAUGCUGAACGGCACAAUGGUCCACGAGGUCUUUCAGAGAGCAGCUACGGCCAAAGAUUUUUCUUUGGACACUCUGACUAAGCUGGCGGACCAGGCGCUGCGUCGUCCUCAGUACCUGGGAGACAUGUACAGUUUGGGUGUGAGUCAGGAGGAGAUGAAGCAGGAACUGCAAAAUUAUCUGCCCUCACUGGAACACUGGGCAAAGGAAUACCUCAACUCUGCAACACCAAAAUCCAUCAGUCUCAAAAUCCCGAGCAGCAGCAGAGCUCCAAGCAGGGAUAAGGACUCUGCAGCGGUUGUCACGGUUACAGAGCUUGUAGAUAUCGAGGAGAACGUGUGGUCACCGAGAUUUGGUCUGAAAGGGAAAAUUGAUGUGACGGCACGUGUUCGAAUCCAAAGUUCAAGACAGGGCAAUCACAGAACCCCGGAGGAGAAGACUUUGCCCCUGGAGCUGAAAACUGGGCGAGAGUCGAACUCUAUAGAGCAUCGCAGUCAGGUGAUUCUCUACACUCUGAUGAGCAUGGAGAGAUACAAUCCCGAAGCCGGCCUCCUGCUCUACCUCAAGACUGGAAACGUGCACCCUGUAGUGUCCACUCGCAUGGACAGCAGAGAGCUGGUGAAGUUGAGGAACACUUUGGUUCAUCACAUUCACAACUGUGUGGAGAGGGAAGCGAAGCAGAGCCGCCUGUCCAGACUUCCUGACAUCUUGACAGACAGACAAACGUGCCAGUAUUGUCCUCAGCAGAGAAACUGUGCAUUGUAUGAGAGAGCGGUGGAUAGCAGCUCCGCAGACGUCAGCGAGGAUGUUGUGCGAGACUUCCUGCAGCAGGAGACGGGUCAUCUGACUCCACCGUAUCUGAAAUAUUUUUCCCACUGGCUGCUGCUCUGUUGCCUUGAAACUGCCACCAUGGAGGCAAAGAAUGGCCGAAAGCGUGUGUGGCUUCAGACGGUCGAGGAGAGUGAGAAGAAUGGCAGCUGUGUGGGGAGACUGCAACUCAGUGGUCCAGUGACCAUCCAGGCUGAGGGAGUUUUCCUCCAUCGCUUCCAGAGAAGCAGUGUCGCACCACAGCAGGGUUCGGUCCACAGCGGCCCGGCCAGCGGGGAUCGCAUCGUAGUUAGUGACCAGGAAGGUCGUUUUGUUGGCUUGGCAACAGGAUACCUGUGUGAGGUCAGCAGGUCACAGAUCAGCUGCACUCUGGACAGAGACUUGUCAAAGUUCAGUGGUGUGUUGUUUCGUUUGGACGUUGAUGAGGGUGUAGUGGGCCUCAGCACUCACCUCACCAAUCUCUCCAGACUGAUGGAGAACUGUCAGGACAGUGAUCGUCUGAGGGAGCUGGUCGUUGACCUUCGUCCUCCACAGUUUAUCUCCAACCUCAGUUCAGUUCUGCCCAGAGAGACCAAAGACACCGUGGCCAACAUCCUCAAAGGACUCAACCAACCCCAGAAGCAGGCUAUGAAGAAGGUGUUGCUGUCUAAAGACUACACACUGAUUGUUGGCAUGCCUGGCACAGGCAAAACCACAACCAUCUGCACCCUGGUUCGCAUCCUACAUGCGUGUGGCUUCAGUGUGUUGCUGACCAGCUACACCCACUCUGCAGUGGACACCAUCCUGCUGAAGCUGAAGCGUUUCCGGGUCGGGUUUCUGCGUCUUGGACGGGGCCAGAAGGUUCAUCCAGAUAUUCUGCCCUACACAGAGGAAAUUGCCAGGAAGACGGGAAUUCAUUCUCCCUCAGACUUGGAGCAGCUCUACAACAAGGAGUUGGUAGUGGCGACCACCUGUAUGGGCAUCAAGCAUCCCAUUUUCACACGUCGGCGGUUUGAUUUCUGCAUCGUAGACGAGGCGUCACAGAUCAGCCAGCCCAUCUGUCUGGGACCCCUGUUCUACGCCAAGAGAUUUGUCCUGGUUGGAGAUCACCAACAACUGUCACCAAUAGUGCAAAACCAGGAAGCGAGGUCACUUGGGAUGGAUGAAAGUCUAUUUAAGCGACUGGAGCUCCACAGUGAAGCAGUGGUUCACCUCAAUGUACAGUACCGGAUGAACAGGCAGAUAAUGUCUCUCAGUAACUCCCUGAUGUACGAGGGUCGUCUGGAGUGUGGAUCAGAGAGGACGGCCUCGGCUCUGCUCACUCUGCCCUUCCUGCUCUCCGUCCAGUCGGAGCUUACUUCCUACUCUCAGACUCAUCCCCAGCAUGACCUGGCGUGGAUGCAGGCCACUUUGUUGCCUGGCAACCCUGUUUACUUCCUUGACUGCUCAAUGGUGCCGGCACUGGAGUCGGUGGAGCAGGGAGGUGUAAGCAAUCACAAUGAGGCUGCUCUCAUUCACAUGUUGCUUUCACUGCUAAUAAAGGCAGGGUGUAAGCCCAGUGAUAUAGGCGUCAUCGCUCCCUACAGACAACAGCUGAAGAGCAUCUCUGCUCUGCUGCUGUCCUCUGCUUUCACUGGGGUGGAGGUGAACACAGUCGACAAAUACCAAGGACGAGACAAAGGUCUGAUCGUGUUUUCUUUUGUCAGGAGCACGACAGAGGAAGGAAACUUAGGCGAGUUGUUGAAGGACUGGCGCAGACUGAAUGUCGCCAUUACCCGGGCCAAACACAAGCUGCUGAUGGUGGGCUCUGCCACAACACUGCGACGCUACGCACCUGUGGAGAAGCUGCUCAACCAUCUCCAGCAAGAGAACAUGAUUAUCAAGCUCCCGACAGCUGCUCACAAGGCCUUACCCAGCAUGCACCUAUGACAGACGGCAGUGUGAAGCCAUGAUGGUGUCGCAGAACAACUGCUUGUCUCACAGUGGAGCAGACGGUCGCUGUGGGAACUUCAACAAGGCAGCGCCUGGGAACCAGUCCGAAAAGGUCCUGUGUGAUCCGUCAGGUUGUUGUGAUCAAAUAUAAAGUACGAGCUGUAAACACUUCUGCAGGUGUCAGUUGUUGAUGACACAAAAUAGUGUCACUAUCAAGUGGAUUUUAACUUUGUCAAUAUUUAACAGACCAGUUCUGACAUCUGAACAACUUGUCAGCUUUGAAACAAACACUGCGUCAUAUCCACAUUAAAUGUGUUUUUAUAAUCACAACCUUUUAUAAUACAAAUAACUCGAAGAUUGAAGUGGCUUUGGGUCAUAAAGUUGAUAUUUUGAUAAAUUUGCAAGUAAAUUUUUCAACUGGUACAUUUCUAAAGAUUGUGAGAAUAUCCUUUGAUGUUCGAGUUAGAAGACCUCAUUCUCUGAAACUAGUGACUUACCCUCAAAAGAUGUGGCUCUGUUGUCAUUGUUGAAUUCUUUUUAACAGCACACAGUUUGUAUUCCAGUUUUAACAGUGUAUGUGUAACUGUCCCCAUUGUGCAACACUAAAGAGCAAGGACUGACCUGUUAAACCUGUUCCACACAAAACUAAAACUAGCUCAAACAUGUCUGUAAUAGAUUAUGGUACGACGCAUCAAAUGAGGAGUGGUCACUUUUCAUAAAGACAAGAUAUUUUUGAUCAAAUACCUCAAUUCAUACACUGAAAAUUUCACAGGGCAGCAAAUGGAGACCAAACAGUCAGAUAAGCUCAUAAAUGUCUGUCUACGGGAAGGAAAAGUUAAGCUACACAACAUUACGAUAACCAGAAUUACUAGCAGUCUGAGUCAAGUUGUCCAUCUUUAAACUCAGGUAGAUGUUGUAUAAAGGACAAGGUAAUGGCUGCAGUGUGUAUUGUAUUUUAUUUAGUGUAUAGACUGUUGAACACGACC